ACGAGGUUCCGAUGGGGCCGCCGCUGCGCUGUAAAGGGACAAACGGAUCUGGGUUUCGGAAAAUGAAAAAACUAAACACGAAGCAGCUAUAAAAUGGCUUCGACUGGCCGCAAACAGUGGCAGUAGUGGUUUGUAGUGCAAUUUAUCAACUUAGGCUUAAGCUGUUCUCAACCUAGAUCUCAACUAAACCGUUUCUCUCAAAAUGAAAUUUCUGAUUGUACUAACCUGCUUGGUGGCCGCUGCCUGUGCCGCCCCUAAACCCGCCCCCAUCGGAGGUUACUUCGGUGACGACCAUGGCCUCUCGUACGCCGUGGCCGCCCCAGCUCCGGUGGUCAAGUAUGCCGCCGCCCCCGCCCCGGUCGUUUCCUACGUCCAUGCGGCCCCGGCCGUCCACGCCGUCCAUGCCGCGCCGGCUCCGACCAUCGUGAAGGCUGCCGUUCCGGCGGCCACCAGCUACGCCACCAUCCACCAGGUGCACACGCCCGUCCACGUGGCCGCCGCCCCAGCCGUGGUCAAGUAUGCCGCGCCCGCUCCGGUAGUGCAGUACGUCCAGGCCGCGCCAGCUCCGGUGGUCAAGGUGGCCGCUGCUCCGACCUACGUCCACGCUGCCCCGGCACCGGUCGUCAAGUACGGACUUGGAGGUUUUGGUGGGUACGGUGGAUAUCACGGAUUCGAAGGAUACCACGGAUGGUAAAUUAAGGCCACGAACGAGGACAAUGGUUUGCCAAAGAUCGUACUGACCCCAUGCGCCCCCCCUCAUAGAUGAUAAUGAUGAUGACCGAGCGAUUAGAAGAGAGUGCGUUCUCAGGAUAUGAAUUUCAUCCACCGACACCGACGUAACACUCAAGUAAAAAAGAUGACCCUUCUUUGCAUCACCCCUCCGGUAAGUCCGGUGAGCUGUCAAACGGUUUUUCGAAAAAUUUAUCAGCAAGGCAACACUGAUUCUAUUUUGUUUGUAAACACAAAUCAGCUGAUUCAUUCAUAAACUACGAUUUGUUUGCAAACAAUGGGUCGAGCAGUGUUGCGAAAUAUAUUUUUAUCGGCAAGGGGUGAUUCCAAGGAAGUGAUUGGGGUGAGUCGUGCUGGGACACAUUUCACCAGAUUUUUUACAAGGAGUGUUACGUCGGUGUCGGUGGUUUCACUGUCUCUGUCUGGUUAUCUAUGCUGGUUUUUUGUUUUGUUUUUAUUACACGCUUCAAUUUACUGCCGAGCACCUGCUAAUGAGGACAGUUUUG